AUGACUUCAAAUUCACCACAAUUUAAUGAUUUCUUUUCAGAAAAUAAUUUUUAUUCCGCCCCAAAUACUCAACAUAGUUCAAAUCAUAUAAAUACUUUAAAAAAUACUAUUCAAGUUCCAAAUUCUAUAAGUCUGAAAAGUAUAAAAGAUGGAUUAAAUGAGAAUAAUGUUAGUGGCAAUAAAACUCAAAAUCGAACUAGUCGAACUUCAAUUAUUAAAUCAUCGCCUAGUUUAAAAGCUUUGGAAAGUAUAUUAAAUGAAAAGAAUAAAAAAUGGAAACCAAAUUCAAUAUUGGAAGAAGAUGAAGAAGAUGAGGAAAGAGAUAAUUUUGAUUCUGUAUUACAUAAAAAAUAUAAUUAUGAUAAACCUUUACCAGUGAAUUAUAAGAAUCAAAAUAAUACAUCAGAUACCUUAACUACUUUUCAAUCAUAUGAAACUGCAAACGAAUCAAUGGAACAUGCAACAACACAAAUUCAAUCAAAUUCUCAAAAACAAUCCAAACAAAAUAAUAAUUCUCAUAAACAUAACAAAUCAUUGACAUCAUCUAUCAGUGUAACUGGAAGUGGAUAUAGUACUGAUGAUACUCCUGUUUUAGAACAACCUCCUACUUUUCAAAAUUAUAUACCACAUAAUGUUGAAUCACCACAAUUAAAAGUUAUUGAAACUGGAAAAAUUACAUCCAAAGACAAUACUUUAAUUGAUGAUAGUGUUACCACUGAAUCAAACAUAAACAAUGUUAGUAAACCGAGUGGUGAUGAUAGUGAAGAAACUAUACGAUUAGUUGAAAAUUCAAGAGUUAAAAAUAGUAACUCUAAGAAUAAUAACUCAGUAUCGGAUUUAAAACUCAAAAAUGAGAAAAAUAAUAAAAAUAAUUUUUACGAAUCAAUUAAUAAUUAUAGUAAUUCCACUACAAAUAAUAAUUCCAAAAAAAGGGAUAAUAAUAACUUGAAGUCAAAUUCAACUUAUUCAUAUACUAGUAGGCCAUUUUCACUGAACGUAUCAGCCCCACUUGAUAAAUCAUUACCAACAUUACCAACAACUACAUCACAAACAACUCAGAUCAAUGGUAUGAAUAAAUCAAUGGAGAAUGGAUCUAAAUCAAAAAGUAUGCUUUCAUUUAUACCUACUUUGAAAGAUGAUCCACACCAAAUAAUUUCAAAAUCACCACAACAAAAAUCACCACAUCAAAGAUCUAAUUCAAAUUUUUCAUUAAAUACAAUGAAAAAUGAGACUCCAAAAUUAAAACAUAAAAGAUCAGCUACAUUGGAUGAUUUAAAUAAAGUAGCUCAACAAGAAUCACGACAAAUUGUACAACCAGAAAAGAAAAAAUUUAGUUUCAAAUCACUUUUUAAAUCAAAGUCCAAGAACCAUUCAUUGAAUAAAUCAAAUGAUGAAUUGUCGAAAUCACAGCCUCCGGUUAAAGUAGCAUCAAAAUCAUAUUCAACAACUAAUAUACCAUUAUACCAAGAUCAACAUCCACCUUUAACCAAAACCAAAUCAAAUACAUCUAUUAUCAAUGUGUUUAAAAAGAAUAAAUCUACAGAUCAGCUCAAACCGAAGGAGAUAAACAAAAUUGAUUCAAAUCAAAAUUCAUCAAAGCCAUCUUCAUCGAUACCAAAUCUUGAGAGUAAACAAAAUGAACAAGCCUCAGUUGAACCAAGUAUACCUGAAACGGACUCGCCAAUAUUGUUGGAUGGUAGUGAUACAAGAGCCAAGCCUGGAUCAAUAAAUUUUAUACGAGAAAUAAGUGAUUCUAAUGUUGGAUUUAAAUUUAGAGAACCAAACAGCACAGAAUCGGGACUGGAAAAUUUCCAUGAUGCAGAAGAAAAUGAGGAAGAAGAAGAAGAUGACGAAGAAAAAGACGACGAUGACGAUGAUAAAUUAUCAUUUGUUGAACAUGAUUAUGAUUCAAAUAAUAUUUUGGAAAAUCCACCAACAAGAAAAAUAAACAAUCAAUUUGGUGAAGAAAUUUCAUUAAUGCCUCCAUUUUUAGAAAAUUCACAAUUUGGUUCACCUUUUAAAGUAAAUUAUCAAAGUUCACCAGAAAGAUCAUCAAGUCCAAGUCGGUUAACUCCAAUUAAAUUCCCAUCAUCUUCAUCACCAGUACCAAACAGAAAUCCAAAAGAUGAUAAAAGCCAACAACUACUUGGUGAAGCAUUGUUUCCAAGAUCACUUAAUGCUCAUGAAGUUGAAUCAAUUGUGUCUUUGGAAAGAUCAAGAUCAUUGAAAUCUAUCAAAUCAAAUAAAAGAAAUUCAUUUGUCAAUUAUAACGGUAGUGAUGAUAAUAUUGUACAUUAUAAUGGACCUGGUUUAUCACCAAAUACUAGUGGAAUUACAAGAUCAAACUCGAUAUUAAAAAAUUCAAAUAGCAAAAUGAGUAAUUUGAGUAAAGAAGUUGACCCAUCUAAUAUAUUACCUUCCCCAGAACAACCAAAUGAAUCAAUUGAUGCAAAUUUAAUGGAUUCAAUGGAAUUUAUGGAAUUUAGUGAUUUUAUUGAUGUUGAUAAUUUAAAUUUUAAUUAUUCUCCAAAUGGUAUACAAUCGGUUUCAGCAAGUCCAAAAGUUGAACCUUCAAGUAAUGAAAAAUUGAAUUUAGUAGUAAAUACUAAUAUUCAACAACAAUCAGAAGAGAAAGAAAUUAAUUCACCAUCACCACCAAAAAUUGUUGUUAACGUAUCACCUUCAUCAGAAUCACCGAACAAUAUUCAAUUAGAUACUAUAUCAAUUCCGAAUAGUUUGAAUAGUCAUAAUUCACCAGUUCCAAUUAUUAUAGAAUCCAGAACUCCUUCACCUUCACCUUUAUCAAUGGAAAGAGAAGAAUCACCAAAAACAAGUUUAGAAGUUGAUGAUGAUAAGAAAUUUGAUUUCAAUUCUGAGUUGGGUACUUUAAAACAAAAUGAAAAUAAAGUAGAGAAUAAAACCAAUGAUGAAGAUUUAAAAGCAUUGAAAAGUUCACCAAUAUUGGAAAGUGUGUAUAAGGUCAAUACGUUCAAUAAUACUGAAGAUGGUAAAUCAACUUUUAACAAUAGACCAAUUUCAAUGUCAUUUAAAGGAUUAAAUGCACCAUCUUUUUCCGGAAAAUUUACACAUCAUAAUAUGAGAAGUAGUGAUUCACAUCAAUCAUUCACUAUAUCAUUUAAUGAUUCCUCUUCAUCUGUUGGUGGUGGUUUUGGUACAACAGAAGAUGAAGACGAUGAAGAAGAAGAAGAAGAAGAAGAAGAAGAAGAAGAAGAAGAAGAAGAAGAGAAUCAAGAACCAAAAAAUGAAAACGAUGAUGAUGUUAUUUCAGACUACUAUGAUGAUGAAGAAGCAUUACUUAAUGAAUACGAAAAAGAAAAUUUAGUACCUAAUAUCAAAAAAUCACCACAACAAUUACAACAAAAAUGGACACCACCUCAAAAAUCAAUUUCAACAUUUGGUAAAGAAAAUAAUAAUUCUAAUAAUUUUGAUAAUUUUUCACCAAUUCAACCACCUCCUCCAUUUAAUACAAAAUUUAGUCAUAAUAAAAUUCCAUCAAUUUCUGAUCAAUCAUCAACGAAUUCAUCUCCGAGAUCAUUCACUUCAAUAUUAGGUAAAUGGAAAAAAGGAUAUUCUUAUACAACAAAUAAUAAUACAAUAAGACCACCUCCACCACCACCAUCAACAUCUUUAUCACCAUUAAAACAAUCAGGAGUUAGAUUUAGUUCAAGAAUCAUUUUAUAUGAUACUUAUAAUGGAGAUGAAUAUGAUAGACAUCCAGAUACUGCAACAUGUAAUCAAUUAACACCAUCAUUAGCUCAACAAAUUAAAGAAGAAAUGAAUAUGAUUAAAAGUGAAAUGGAGGUUCAUGUUGAAAGUAGAUGUUAUACUCAAUUUUUUUAA